ACUACCGUUCACAUCGACACACCUAUUAAUAACAUUUUUUUUCGAACGUAAUAAAAUAAGUAGUAAAAAAUAUUCGGUAUCUCUCCCAUAAAAAAUACAUGUUACCGUGUAUAAUUUUUAAGCGAUCAUAAUUCACAUCACAUGGAAUUUGGAUGUCACCGUACGAAUUCUGGUGGUCUUGAGUUAUUUUUAGAAUAUCAUUAUAACCUGCUAGUGCAUCUAGACUAUACGCGCCCUACUUAAAUAAGUACAUAAUUAAAUCUACAAAAUAUCUAAAACAUUAUACAAAUGUCGACACCAUCAAAGUCUCAAACAGUUCCGAAUCCUGAAACUGAUGCUGCUACUGUAUUAAUUAAUGAUGCUACUACAGCUGAACCAGAGCCAAUGGGUUGUAUUGAAAUUAUUGCGACUGUUGGAUCAAUUAUACUCCUAGUACUCACAUUUCCAUUUUCAUUGUUUGUAUGUUUUAAGGUUGUUCAAGAAUACGAAAGAGCAGUUAUUUUCCGUUUAGGUCGUUUGCGAACGGGUGGGGCACGAGGCCCUGGUAUAUUUUUCAUUCUACCUUGCAUUGACACAUACUGCAAAGUUGAUUUAAGAACUGUAUCUUUCGAUGUUCCACCACAAGAGGCUUUAACCCGUGAUUCUGUCACUGUGACUGUGGACGCUGUUGUUUAUUACUGCAUCAAAGAACCGCUAAGUGCUGUUGUAAAAGUUGCUAAUUACAGUCACUCCACGCGUUUAUUAGCUGCAACUACUUUACGAAAUGUGCUUGGAACACGAAAUCUAAGUGAAAUACUGUCGGAUCGUGAAGCCAUAUCCCAUGUGAUGCAAAGUUGUCUCGAUGAAGCCACUGAUCCUUGGGGUGUUAAAGUCGAACGAGUAGAAAUAAAAGAUGUUAGUUUACCGCAUCAAUUACAACGUGCAAUGGCCGCCGAAGCUGAAGCUGCACGUGAAGCUCGCGCUAAGGUGAUUGCUGCUGAAGGUGAAAUGAAAGCAUCACGUGCACUCAAGGAAGCAUCAGAAGUAAUGAACGACAGUCCUGGUGCAUUACAAUUACGCUAUCUACAAACAUUGAGUACAAUUUCUGGUGAAAAGAAUUCCACAAUUAUUUUUCCACUUCCAAUUGAUUUACUAUCAUCAUUUAUGAAGAAAAGUAAAAAAUCCGAUGACUAAUAAUUUUUUUUUAGAUAAAAACACCAAUAAGAAUUUUAACCCUAAUCUAAAUAGAAGACUGAGUUAAUUACGAUUUUUUUAAAUAUUUGCCUAAAAAUUUUUAACACCAAAAAAGUUUUAUAUCGUCAUUUUUUAUCAUAGUCUCUAAUAUUUAUUUUCUAUCUUCUACAUGAAAAACGAAUUAUUAUGUAAAAUAUAAAGCGUUAUGAAUUUUAACAUUAGUCUAACAAGAGCAGUCGGACUCCAAAAAGUGUCAGAUUGGUAAUAGCAUUCAGAAC